GUCUUUUUUUUCCUCCGAAAAUUCAAAAUUUUUAACGUCUAAGAGAAACUUAAAACCAAAAACACAAAAGAAGAAAGAAAGAAAAAAGCUCCAUCUCCUUCAAGCAUUGUGUUCUUCAAUCAGAUUUUGAUCGCAUUAUAUAGGAGAUGGAGAGUCCCGAUUCCGUAAGAGUCGCCGUUAAUAUUCGACCGUUGAUUAGUGCAGAGCUUCUCCAUGGAUGCACUGAUUGCAUCACCGUCCUUCCCGGCGAACCUCAGGUUCAAAUUGAGUCUCAUGCCUUUACUUAUGAUUACGUUUAUGGGGGAGCGGGAUCGCCUUCUUUUGCUAUUUAUGAUGAUUGUGUUGCUCCUUUGAUUGAUGCACUUUUUCAUGGUUAUAAUGCAACUGUACUUGCAUAUGGUCAGACGGGUUCUGGUAAAACAUAUACGAUGGGAACCAAUUACACGGGGGAGGGAAGUAAUGGUGGGAUUAUACCUAAAGUUAUGGGUAGCAUAUUUAGGAGAGUUGAGACAAUGAAACACUCCACGGAAUUUUUGAUAAGAGUAUCAUUUAUUGAGAUAUUCAAGGAAGAAGUGUUCGACUUACUCGACUCACAUCAAGCUUCAUUGUCUAAAGUUGAAGGGGCAUCCCUUCCGAAGCCUACAGGUCUUGGAAGACCUCCGAUACAAAUUAGGGAAGCAGGGAAUGGAGGAAUAACACUUUCUGGGGUGACUGAGGCAGAAGUUCGGACAAAAGAAGAGAUGGCAUCAAAUUUAGCACGAGGUUCUUUAUCUCGUGCUACAGGAAGUACCAAUAUGAACAGCCAAUCAAGUCGUUCACAUGCGAUCUUUACAAUAAGCAUGGAGCAGAAGAAGAUUGCUAGCUGCCUAAGUGGGGUAAAUGAUGAUACCGCUGAUGACAUCUUAUGUGCAAAGCUUCAUUUAGUGGACCUUGCUGGCUCAGAACGUGCAAAACGAACAGGUGCAAAUGGAAUGCGGUUUAAAGAAGGAAUUCAUAUCAAUAAAGGUUUACUAGCUCUAGGGAAUGUGAUUAGUGCCUUGGGAGAUGAGAAGAAGAGGAAAGAAGGGGGACAUGUACCAUAUCGUGAUAGCAAGUUGACUCGCUUGUUACAGGAUUCUCUUGGAGGAAACAGCAAAACAGUGAUGAUUGCUUGUGUUAGUCCGGCUGACACCAAUGCUGAAGAAACGCUAAACACCUUGAAAUAUGCCAAUCGUGCUCGAAACAUUCAGAAUAAGGCAGUUGUAAACCGUGAUCCAAUGGCAUCUCAGUUGCAAGCAAUGCGGAGCCAAAUUGAGCAAUUGCAAGCUGAACUUUUGUUUUAUCGUGGUGAUGGUAAUGCAUCAUUUGAUGAACUUCAGAUUCUCAAGCACAAAGUAUCUUUACUUGAAGCAAGCAAUGGAGAGCUACGACAAGAGCUUCAAGAACGUAGACUCACUAGUGAACAAUUAGCUCAACGUGCACUUGAUGCUCAGGUUGAGAAAGACAAACUGAUAAUGAAAAUUGAAUUAGUUCGUAAUGGUAAAUCAUGGGAUGAGAUUGAAUUUAACCAGAAUCAGGAUUUUGACUUGAUGAAAACUUAUCUUUUGAAAAUUCAAGAGUUGGAAGGAGAAAUGAUACGCGUGAAAAGCUUAAGCAGCUCAAAGUGUAAACGAAUUUCUGAUUGCAUAGAUGAAGAUGAAGAUGAAGAUGAAACCUCAAAGGACUUGCUAUUUUCUUCUGGAAAUGAUUAUUUUUCUUCAGAUGAGAUUGAGGAUAAUGAAAAGGAGCUUGAACAUUCUACUCUCCAAGAAAAAUUGGACUUGGAACUAAUGGAGUUGGACAAAAGACUUGAACAGAAAGAGGCUGAAAUGAAACGUUUCACAAGUUCUGACACCUCAGUUCUUCGACAACAUUAUGAGAAGAAAGUUAAUGAGUUGGAACUAGAGAAAAAGGCUUUGCAGAAAGAAAUUGAUCAGCUCAGACAAAAUCUAGCCAAUAUUUCUUCUCCUUCUGAUGUUGGUGCUCAAAAGUUAAGGGAAGAAUACCUGCACAAAUUAAAUGUCCUUGAGUCACAGGUUGCAGAGUUGAAGAAGAAGCAAGAUGCUCAAGCUCAGCUUUUGAGACAAAAACAAAGAAGUGAUGAAGCAGCCAAGAGACUUCAGGAAGAGAUUCAGAGAAUCAAAUCUCAGAAGGUUCAACUGCAACAAAAGAUCAAGCAAGAAUCCGAGCAGUUUAGGCUAUGGAAAGCAUCGCGAGAGAAAGAGGUCCAUCAGCUUAAGAAAGAGGGAAGAAGAAAUGAGUAUGAGAUGCACAAGCUCUUAGCUCAAAAUCAGAGGCAAAAGAUGGUUUUGCAAAGGAAGACCGAAGAGGCUGCUAUGGCUACCAAAAGGCUAAAGGAACUUCUAGAAUCCCGAAAGGCUUCCUCGCGUGAAGCUUCUAGCGCUGGAAAUGGCAAUGGUCCUGGAGUUCAGACAAUACUGCAGACUGUGGAGCAUGAACUUGAGGUCACAGUACGGGUACAUGAAGUACGCUCUGAAUAUGAACAUCAAGUGGAAGAGAGAGCCAAGAUGGCCAAGGAGGUUUCAAGACUGAAGGAAGAAUCUGAGAUACUUAAGCACAGUGAAUUAAGCAGAGAUUAUCACGAGACAAUGUCCGCUGAGGCAAGAAACUCAAGGAUUUUUGGUCUAGAAAACAUGCUUGCUGCUACUUCUAGCACUCUGGUCGCUAUGGCCUCACAACUGUCUGAAGCUGAAGAACGUGAACGUACUUGUAGUGGAAGAGGACGGUGGAACCAUGUUCGGUCUCUUGGUGAUGCAAGACAUAUUAUGAAUCAUCUUUUCAAUUUAGCAUCAUCCUCAAGGUGCUCAUUGCGAGAUAAAGAAGUUCAUUGCCGAGAAAAAGAUGCAGAAAUGAAAGAUCUGAAUGAAAAGGUGGUGGUACUUAGUGGUCUAACUAGACAACUUGCUGCAGAAAAGGCUGCUCUCACGCGUGAAGUGAAAUUGAAGAAUGCAAUCAUUAAACACUCCAUUAGAGAAACAGCGGAUUCUUACAUCCCGCACUCAAAUGGCGAAACUGAUGAGUUGUGGAAACUGGAACAGGGAAACUCAGUAAAUUUUACAGAGGACAUGGAUACAUCUCCGUCAGAACAUUCAGACGUGAACGCGAGCGAUGAUGAUGACUGGGUGAAAUCCCAAAAAGAGCCGGAUAGGAGAAAAGCUCAUAGAGCUAGAGACAAAGCUUUAAGUAUGGGAAUUCAUAAAUCAGAUGCCAAUGACUUGGAAAAUAAGAAGGGAGACGUUAAUGAGGUUAAAGGGAGAACUGAUGGAUUAUUAUGCUGCAAUUGUAACAACUCUUUGUGCAAGACAUCAAAAUGCCAUUGUAGAGCAAAUGGAAGUUGUUGUGGACAGGCGUGUGAUUGCUCUUCGGCCAAAUGUUCCAAUAGAGAAAUAGAAGUAAACAUGGCAAAUGAUAUUGGCACUAAUGAAGAAGAGAAGAACCUUGUUGCUCAUGGUGCAGUGCUAUUACAGAAUGCAUUAGAGAGUGAGAAGGCAGUUGAAACAAAUGACAAUGGUGAUGCAAGAAAAGCUCUCACGGACAUUGGAAACGUAUUGGCUAAACAUAAUGCACCAAAGCCUAACAAGAGAAAGAAAUGGAGAAAAUCAGUGGUUCAACUGGUUCCUGUUGCUCCACCAUCUUCACAGCGAGAGAAUACUGCAACACCACCCCAAAGUCCAAAAAAUGUAGAUCCUCCAAAACAAUCAGAUGGGCGUCCAACAAGCACAAUACGAUCAGCAGCUUCAUCAAUUAGCAACAAAUUGCUUCGAGUAAGAAAUGCUAGUCAACCACAUGAAUCAACCAACAAGGAAACAACCACCAUCCUUACUCCAACAACAUCAGAAGAAAAAGAGAACUGCCGCCGUUAAACUAUGAUGUUAGUUCCUUUUCCCUUGAUUAUUUUUUCUUUCUUUUUCUUCCUUGCCCUUUAACCUAUACAAGAAGGAUCCAACAUGAAGAGUUGGAUCCUUGAAAGUGAUGAUGAGUUGACGUCGUUUUAACAGUUGGAGAACUAGUUUAUUAGCGUUCCAUGGGAACUUGCUGAACCCCAACAAUCGGGGGUGCGGUAGGAGCAUGGGAGCUUUACCCCUGGGGGCUUAUUUUUCUUUGGUUCGGUGAAAAAAUAUUGCCUCCGGUGGGGAUUUUAUUUCUAAUAUUGUACUUUUUUUAUUAUUUUUCUUUUAAGUUGAAAGUGGUUGGGAUAUUUAGUUAGUCAUUUAUUUAAUGUUGUUUAUAUAACUUUUAUUAUUUAUUUAUGUAAUUAUUAGUCUGAAUAAAGCUUUUUAGA